CGGUUCUGCGCUGCCGUCGUGCGGCGCCCGGAGCCCGCCCGCCCUCCUGCUCCGUGCCCUCUGCACAGCCACGGGCCUGGGCCCGGCGGCGGCUGCUCCCGCCAUGGUGCGGUGCGGCGCGGCGCUGCUGCGGAAGUUCCAUCUAUUGCCAUGAAAGAUCAGUCCACGCGGGUUUACACACGUUUCUGCGAAGCGAAGUAUAAAGAGAAGGUAAUCAAUUGGUGUUGAAACUGUUGUUUUAUUAGUACAGCAACUUCAUAGACGAUUUGCGGGUCUAUGUGAGAGGAGGAACCGGUGGAAUGGGUUAUCCCAAUCUGGGAGGGGAAGGAGGAAGAGGUGGUGAUGUCUGGUUCGUCGCCCGAGAAAGGACUACUUUAAAAAGCAUUAGGGAGAAAUAUCCCCAGAAGCGAUUUGUAGCUGGAACAGGAGCCAACAGCAGUGUUAAAGCUCUAAAAGGUGAAAAAGGAAAAGAUUGUGAAGUUCAUGUGCCUUUGGGAAUUUCAGUUCUUGAUGAUGAUGGCAAGCAGAUUGGAGAGCUUAAUGCAGCAGGAGAGAGAUUCUUAGCAGCUCGUGGAGGUCUUGGAGGCUCUUUUGCUACAAACUUUCUGCCUUGCAAAGGUCAGAGGAGAACUGUUCAUCUUGAUUUGAAACUUAUAGCAGAUGUUGGCUUGGUUGGGUUUCCAAAUGCAGGAAAGUCAUCCUUGUUAAGCAAGCUUUCUCAUGCCAAACCUGAGAUUGCAAAUUAUGCAUUCACAACAGUACAGCCUGAACUAGGAAAGAUCAUGUAUGCAGAUUAUAAGCAGAUCUCAGUAGCUGAUCUCCCAGGACUGAUAGAAGGUGCACAUGCAAACAAAGGAAUGGGCCAUAAAUUUCUCAAACAUGUAGAGAGAACCAAACAACUUCUCUUAGUUGUUGAUAUUUCUGGGUUUCAGCUGUCUAUGAAGACUCAGUUCAGAACAGCCUUUGAAACGAUAUUGCUUCUAACAAAGGAACUGGAGCUGUACAAAGAGGAACUUGUAACAAAGCCUGCACUUCUUGCCAUUAAUAAAAUGGAUUUGCCUUGUGCACAGGAUAACUUGGAUGAACUUAUGACACAACUUGAGAAUCCUCAGGACUUCUUUCACUUACUAGAGGAAGAAAUGAUUCCAGAAAAUACUCUUGAAUUUAGAGAGGUGAUUCCUAUAUCUACAUACACUGGAGAAGGAAUUGAGGAACUCAAAACAUGUCUAAGAAAAUCCAUAGAUGAGCAAGCAGAGCAGGUGAAUGAAGAAUAUCGGAAAAAGAAGCUCCUGCUUUUACAAACUUCCAAAGAAGAACAAAUGAAUAGAAGCUGACAUUCCUGAAUGGAUCCAGCACAUUUUAAUAUUUUAAAUAUGCACAUGAAGCCUUUGUUGUGCAGACCUUCCAUGUAAUUGUUCCCUCUUCCCUCACUGCCUGCUUCCCUCCAUUUGUUUAGGCAUGUGGGUAGGGCACAGUGGGGAAAGAGACAAGGGGUUUUUUUUAAUUUAUGUUGGCUACAAAGCUCAACAAUAUAAAGACCAAAGUAUGUGUAACUCAAAGCACUGCGUAACAACUGAUGAUCCCUGGAAUAUUUUAUGCCAAGUGAGAGGAAUGGAGGGAAUAUAACUUGCAUGAAAGGAGCAAGUUCAACAACUCUACCUAUCCUGUGGAUUCAGAAGAACCAAGGGAAGUUCCUGAUGGAGGAAUUUUCCAGGGUCUGGGCCUUCUAAGGUGAACCUAAGUUCUGCUAUUGUGACAGGCAUUGGAUUGUAGGGGUUUUGUUGGUUUUAAGGAUUUAAAGGAAAACACAUAUUAAAGGCUACUAGGAAGUGACUUGUAGGAGCACAAAAAGCAAGACUGAUUUGUAAUGUUGGAGGGUUUUUUGGCACCUGCUGGUGCCUACUGUAGUCAUCUUAGUUGUAUAAAUCCUGAUUUCAAAUUCCUAUGCUUAAUUUGUGAUUCCCUCCUUUUAUGGAGUUGCUUGGUUUAUGUUACAUUUCAGUGAAGAAAACGGCUUUUUCUCAACACAGCUAUACAUUUUUGGCAAUAUUUAGUGUUCUAGAUUUUGUAUUACAAGAAGGCACACUCACAUUUUAAUUAAAAAAAAAAUAUAAGUCCUUCAUUGUCAGAGCAUUUUCUACUUUAAAGCUAUUAAAUUGCUUGUAAAGCAAAAUAAGACUGA